AUGGGGAUGGUGGCACUGGCACUGUCCCUGCUGGCUGUGGCUCUCCCAUGCCUGGCCACCACCACGCUACGUGUUGGUGCCUUCAACAUCCAGGCGUUCGGUGACACCAAGAUGUCCAACGAGGGAGUGGCGGGCAUCAUCGUCAGCAUCCUGCGCCGCUACGACGUGGUGCUGGUGCAGGAGGUGCGUGACUCUGACCUCAGCGCCGUCACCCAGCUCAUGGAGCUGCUCAACAGCGUGUCCACGUCCCCGUAUGACUACGAGAUCAGUGGCCCCCUGGGUCGGGACAACUACAAGGAGAUGUACCUCUUCAUCUACAGGACAGAUGUUGUGUCCGUGGUGGACACCUACCAAUAUGAGGACCCCCAGGAUGUCUUCAGCCGGGAGCCAUUCAUCCUGAGGGUCUCAGCGCCCCACACCAAGGAGUUUGUGCUGGUGCCGCUGCACUCAGCCCCGCAUGAUGCCGUCGCCGAGAUUGACGCACUCUACGAUGUCUACUUGGCCAUCGUCAGCAAGUGGGGGACUGACAACAUCAUGUUCCUUGGGGACUUCAACGCCGACUGCGCCUACGUCCAGCCGAGCGACUGGUCGGCCAUUCGCCUGCGCACCAGCGACAUCUUCAAGUGGCUGAUCCCCGACGGCGCCGACACCACCGUGGGGAGGUCAGACUGCGCCUAUGACAGGAUUGUGGUGUGCGGUGCCAAGCUGAAGAGAAGCAUCGUGCCAAAUUCAGCCGCCAUCUACAAUUUCCAGCGUGCUUUCCAGCUGGAGCAGGAGGAGGCCCUGGCAGUCAGCGACCACUACCCGGUCGAGGUGAAGCUGACAGCUUGA